AUGGGGAUUCAAGGGGCAGUGCUGUCCUAUAGCUGUACAUCCAAGGAUGACGACCCAGCCUGCCAUCUGGGCCAGCAGAGUACACUGCGUAGUUUUGACCACACCACAGAGCAGCAGCAGGACUCAGAAGAUAAGAUGAAGUCUCCUUUGGUUUUUCACGUCACCUGUGUGACCCUGCUCUCACUGUGGUGUAGUGUGUGUCACUCCACUCCUCUGUUCUACAACAUAUCCAUGGACGGCAGUGGUGACGAAGCAGGGCUGGAGCUGCUUUUCCCAACCUCUUUCUCCACUCGAACACCUGUUAACAUUACCGCUGCAACUGGAGCUCCCACCCUCACCAACACCAUCACCACCACCAUGAUCCGCCUGAAGGACUUCGUCCUGAGCCGAGUUGUGGACUUCCUGCAGGAGAAUUUGCUCAUUAUCAUCGUUGUGACCUCUCUUCUCAUCGUGAUGGUCUUCAUCAUCUGCUGUGCCUCUGCCAUGAGUCACAAGCGCAAGUUGGAGGCCUACAAGCCCCCUCCUCAUCCACCCAGGAAGUAUAUGGACAGGCCGUAUGCCGUCGACCACGUCAUGAGGGUCCAGACUCAGAGCAUGGCCUCCCCGAAGAACCUGCGCAUGCCCUCCAAGGCUCUGGUGGGAGAGAGAGGGAGAGACGUCAGGUCGUCACCUCGCCAGGAGGUCAGAAAGGUCAGGGAGGCAGAGGAGGUGGAAAAGCAGAGAGAGGAACCCAAGCACAAGGAGCACUCCAGCCCCAGCACCAGCUCCAGUCAGCCGGUCUGCACAUGCCACCUGAAAAAGGCCCACCACUAG